AUGUCUGAACAUCUGAUAUCGUAUAGCGAUGGACGUAACCGCACUUUACAUCACACAUAUCUGCUCUGUCAUCAAACUCAUGCUGAUUGCGGGUUGGCAAGGAUAGUAUUCGAUGCGAAAGGUGAUGCCAUGUCAGAGUAUUCCGUUGAGCAUUCUGACACUUCAUCACCUACUGAACCUGCAGUCGAUGAAUGCAAAGAAAAUGGCGAUGCACCUGAUGAAGUGAAUAUGGAGUCUUUCCGUGAAGUGCUCAUGAAUAUCAUACGUGAGACAGAUUUGGACAUAACGCGACUCAAAAACAGAAAGGAUAUGUUCCAACAGCUCUACGUGCAGUAUUUCGGUACUGGGCCGGAUGGCUCCAUCACUGACGAUGGGGAAGGUUGGUGCUUAUGCUGCAUUUUUUAGGC